AUGGACAAGAAUGCGGCUGCUCAGGAACUGAAGGUGAAGGAGCUCGCUGUCGAUCUCCAGAGCUGGGUCGCCUAUGACAACUUGAACCGCAUGCAGCGUGUCAAUGAGCAGAUUGUCGGUGACCAGGACAAGUCCCUCAACAUAACCACUUCACUCAUCGCGAAGAGUGAUGAGAUGCCAGCUGGCGGCUUGACCAAGGACAUGAUCGACUACAGCAAGAAGAUGCCGCUUGACCUGGUUCCAAAGUCGCUCGCACAGGACCCACAUCGCAAGGCAGUGUCGAUGUACUGGAUAUUCGAGGCCAUCGAUUACGUCUUCUACCCUGAGAUCCAGUCCAUGUACAAGAAGAAGCACCUUGCGGAUGCGGACCCUAAGCCUACUAUGCCCGUCAUCCACAAGCUCAAGACACAGCGCACAGAGAAGGAGAUCUACGCCGACUUCCAGGGCUUGAACGAGGACAAGGACUUUGAGACUCGACUGUACCUAUGCAUCGGUAACCAAAUGACUGUUGAGCGUAUGCGAUCCAUCCAGGGCGAGGGUGUCGAAUCAGAGCGCGCAUUCGACCGACUUCUACGCACCCACUGGAAGACUAACGCGAAGGGCGGCAAAGGCAAGGACAAAGACCAGGGCGAGAAGCUUGAGCAUUCCUUGACCGCAGACAUCGGCUUCUGGGGCUUGACCGGCAUCACCAAUGACAACCCAAAGUUCUUCAAGAUCUUCCAGCUUGCCAAGCGUAGCUUUCGUUCGAGGGUCCGCGACGUUCGCGGCGAUGAGCCGUCUCGUAAUACUAUGAAGCGCAUGCUGAAGAAGCUGAAGCCGAAGCAAUUCAUUAAGCUGCUAGAAGGUGAACAUGAGAAGGCUUUUACCGCAGCGGCCUGGCGUGGCGGCGAAGGCGAGGACGAUGCUGCCGCCGAUCCAUCCUUCACAACCAUGUGUCGCUUCCUCAAGGAGAUCGAGCAUGUCUUGACCAUCCAUGCGAACCAGCUCAACUACGGUCGUGAGAUGUAUUACCUUCGCUGGCUGUUAAAUGACGACGAGUCCGCCGCCACACAUGCAGACCUGCGCCAGGCGGUUCUGGUCAGCAGCCUCAUCAACUUAUCGGGCAAGGAGGGCAAGUGGCUCGCUACGGAUGAGCAGCUUGAGCUUCACAAUGGCGAGUACGGCGAGAACUUCUAA